GCAGAUCAUGAUGCGCACAAACAUAACUGUGGAACGUCCGCCUGACUUUUCAGACUGAAAUCCCAUCAAAGGCCCGUGUUAUUUCCAGUUGAUUGUAUGUAGUUCCUCUGAGCUGAGUAGACAAGGUGUUGUCCUGAUCGUGAGCUGCUGACGUCGUCGUCGUCGCGAGUUUCCCGUGCCUUAUUUACCGAGCGUGUGUUAUACUCUCUUCAGAGUUUUCCCAGUAUAAUAACAAGGGAGUCAACUGCCGGUGGUUGUAAAGCGUUGAUUGCGGUCUUGAUUUUUCCGUCAAUAACUUUGUAGAGUUUUGUCUCACAUCCAACUCAUCAAUAUGCCUGCCGAAGUCAAGAAAUCUGGGGGAAUGGCCUUUGAGCUGGUCCUGGAUGACAACAAGAAGGCGGACGUCUCAAAGCGGCCAACAUCGCCACCAAAGAGCAAGAGCACCACAUCGUUAGAUGAGAUCAAUGCAAGGCUUCAGGAAGCAGAGAUGAGAAGAAGGUCCGUCGAGACCCAGAUGCUGGAGAAGCUGGCAGAGGAGAAUGCCCGCAUCCUGGAGGCCCAGGCCAAGGUGGCUGAGAACAACAACAAUUUCAAGAUGGUGGCCAAGAAGCAAUAUGUGGAGAAGAUGUCCAAGGCGGAAACCAACCUCCAAACGAAGCAAGAAGCAUUCAACCUUAAAUACCAAGAUAUGAAUAAUCAUAUCAAGCAGGUGCAGGAGCGCAAGAAGAAGGAAAUUAGUGAUGGAGGUGAUGCCGAAGAGAAGCAGUAAGAGGUCUAGCGCCCUCUAUCAUGGCAUCGGAAAGAGAGUACUAACAAUCAUCGAGAAGCAGAGAAAUUGGAUUAAAAAAAAGGGAAAGAAAAUGUAUCUGCUGUAAUUUAGUGUAAAUGCUGAUUCUAUAUGCGAUGUGAUAAAGGGUUGUCGUUAUUUUCUUGGUCAGAAUUUUGAAAAGAGUUGUUCCUGCCUUAUUCAUUUGUAUAAAAGUAUUCACCCAUCGACUUAUGGGACAGUUCAUUGACAAAUUUGUUUGUUUGUUCUUUUGAAAAAAGAGUUCUGGAGUUAUAUAUUUUUUCUUGCUCAUAUCAUUUUCGCAUUGUAUAUUGUAUUAGAUUUCUCUUAUGAUUGAAGUGUUUACUGCACAUAGUAUAAAUGUAGCUUAUAAAGGUGUGAUGGUGGAAGUUUGUAUUGAGCCCAGAUAAAUAAAAAAAGAAUUAACACAACCCAAAUUAUAUGGUUUGUUGCAUGUAUGUCAGUGCCAUUCACAUCUAUUGGCAUUGAAAAUGACUGAUAAAACUCCAGUUGGUGUUAGCGCUACAUAUAUAGUCCUGUGUUACUGUAGGAAUUGACACUUCACACAACAGUGUUCAAGUGUUGACUAUUAACACUGAAAUAGCUGACUAUGUAGGCACAAGCAGCUCUUCAUAGUUGACACAUGCACUGCCACAUAAUAAACACUCAAAAUGUUGACACCUUACACCGACCGAGCUGGAAGUAGACAUUAUUUAUUACAUUAUAAAUGAAUCAAAGCACAGCAAAAUAUACUUUCCAUAAAAAAAGUCUCCAAUGUGAGAAAUAGUUC